UGUAAUUAUUAGUAUUGAAAAAUGGCAUACACCGUCAGAGUAGGAACAAACUUUGUAGUGGGGUAUAUGUAUACCGUCUUCUUCUGGGCUUUAUUUAUGCUCUAUUGUAUCUUUUAUCAAUUGAACAAACUCAGAGUCUAUCACAUCAGAAAGCAAAGAAUCGCUGGUAAUGACACCAAGGUUGUUACUGAUCUACCCGGAACAAAGUUUUUCGCAAAAUUAGAUCGUGUUGUGCGCAUUCCCUACUGCACUGAAAUGAUUUCUAUCAAAGAUAUCAUUGGCGUCUCUUUAUUUGUCUUUGUUAAUGCUAUCUUUAGUUUGUUUGCUCCUUUCUCAUAUGUUAAAGGCGAAGAAUUUGUUUUGGCAGCCUCUGGCUACAUGGAUCGUCGUGUUUCUUUCAUUGGUAUGGCCAACUGGGGUUUCGUGUUCUUCCUUGCUCAAAGAAACUCUCUUUUGACAAUGUUAUGUGGUUGGACCGUUGAAGAACUUCUUCCUAUGCAUCGUAUUAUUGCUCGUAUUGGUCUUCUCGAAUUCAUUCCCCAUUUCGUUUUGCGUAUUGUACAAGGUUACCAAAGAAAUGGUAUCCCAAUGGAAGCUCUCUUCAAAGAUGCUGAAUACACCUCUGGUACCAUCUCCAUGUUUGGCUUUUUCCUCAUGUUCCUCACUUCAUUUGAAUAUGUCCGUCGUAACUACUUCGAAGUGUUUUACUACUGUCACAUUAUUUUCAUGAUCAUUGGUAUGGCUUUUGGUUGCUGGCACGAAACCACUUGUUUCGUCUUCAUGUUCCCCGCUCUUGGUAUCUGGUUCUUCGAUCGUGUCUACCGUUCCUACAAUAGUUGGGGUUUGAAGACUACCAAUGUUCGCGUUGAUACCGUUGCUCCUACCACCGCCAACCAAGAGGGUAUUGUCAGAGUUUUGUUCGAAAACGGCAACAUGUCCAGAUUCAAGCCCGGUCAAUAUGUUUACGUCAUUAUGGCCAAGAGUGGUCGCAAGUUCUUAAAGUACGCUAACUGGCAUCCUUAUACUAUCUCUGAAAUCUUCCGUGUAAAGAAUAAUGCUGACGGUGGUGUUGAAGAACGUAUUAUUGAAAACGCUGUUAACGAAAAGGGUGGAAAGGGUGAAAAGACAGCUGUCGAAUCUCUUGAUAUGGUCUCUAUGUCUGAUACUUCUAGUCUCCGUCGUCGUGCAAACGGUCUCCAUAGUGAUGGUACUUCUACUGUUGCUUCUUUCCAUUUGAAGGCUCUUGGUAAAAAGACUGAUGGUCUCUUAAACUAUGCUACUGCCAAUCAAGAAAUCAAGGUCAUUGUUGACGGUCCCUACGGUCCUCAUCUCGAUUAUCAAGAUUACCAAGUUCUUGCCUUGUUCGGUACUGGUAUUGGUGUCACCCCUGCUUUAGCCGUUAUUAAGGACGUGAUAGAAAGAAGAUGUAGCGGUGUUCGUACUGUCGCUGUUGAACACAUCUAUCUUACCUGGGCUAUCAAAAAUACUGAGGAAAUUAUUCCCUUCAGAGAUAUGUUUGAGUACUGGACCGACAGACUUAAGUCAUCCGUCCAACCUCUUCACUUGACCGUCACUGUGUUUAUUACAAGAAUGUCUGAAGGACCUGAUGUCUUUGAAAGUCUCCCUGCCUUUAACAUUGUUUAUGGCCAAAGACCUGAUGUUGGUGUUCAAAUGGACAAGAUUAAGACAGUCAACGCUGGUCGUAGAGUCUGGUCCCAUGCCUGUGGUUCUUUUAUCUUCACCAAAAACGUUAUCAACGAAUCAAUCGCUCGUGGCUUCCACGUUCACAACGAAACCUUUGAAUACUAGAUUGGUUUUUUUUUUUUUUUUUUUUUGCAAAAGAAAAACCUUUUCAUUACAUUACCCUGAAAAUAUCUUGCUGUAUUAUAUCAUAUUUUCAUCCCUACUCCCUAUAAUAUAUUAUUUCCCUACUCUUAACACCUUUCCCAUUUUCUUAAUGUAGAUAUUGAUCGCAUAUGUACUCCCAUAUUUUAUAUAUUUUUUUAAUAAACUUGUACUACCUAAUUUAACCCUCCAAA